AUGGCGUUCUCUUGCAGGCUCGCGAUCCUCCCCGGAGGCCUAGGUGGACUUGGAUCAAGCAUUGGCAAGAAAUUACAACAGCAAGGAGCUCGCCUUGCGAUCUUGUAUGCUCCCUUUGAGGCUGCUCGUCGAGACGAGCUGCUUGAACAGGGAUACGGCGGAGGCUCCAAGAUCGAUGAGAUUCGCACCUAUGAAUGCGAUAUCACUUCCCCCGAUUCCGUUCAGUCGGCCUUUGGGUCCUUGGAGAAGGAUCUGGUGGCUCCUGGUUCCUCGUCCGUGAACGAGAGGGCAUUUCCUAGUAUCCUCAUCAACACCGCUGGGUAUGUGUCUCUGAGUGACAUGGAGAUUACUCCUCCCGAGGAGACCAUGAAGCAUUUGACAACCAAUGUAUUCGGUCCGAUGCUCUGUUCCCAGGCCUUUGCGCGCCUCUACUUCUCUGCUUCGAAGGCUGCGGAGAGCUCGCCAAGCCCUCCCCCGCCAGGACGAAUCGUCAGCAUCUCCUCUCAGGCGGCACACGCAGCCCUGCACCGUCAUGGUGCUUACUGUGCAUCUAAGGCUGCACUCCUGGGUCUGACACGCAGCAUGGCUUCUGAGUGGGGUGGUCGUGGCAUUACCUCCAACACCGUCUCGCCUACUGUGGCGUGGACGGCUCUUGGCCAGAAAGCCUGGGGAGAAGAUUCUGUGAGAGAGGCAUUCCUGGCAAAUAUUCCGACUGGCAAGUUUGCUCUGCCCGAGGAAGUCGCCGAUUCCGUCCUCUUCCUUUGCCAGGACUCGAGCGGCAUGGUCAACGGUGCAGACAUUCGGGUUGAUGGAGGCUUUACCAUUCGGUAA